AUCGGGCCGAGGGCUCAGUUUGACGACAAAAUGCAACGGCUCGCCGUCGUCGUUGUCAUUGUGGCAGCAUUAGCCAACUACGCGAAUGGUUUUUGCUACCGUAAAAAUCCACCCAAAAGUCAAGAAAGCACCGAAGCGCUGCAGCAACCUGGUAAUUACUCGAUAUGGGUGUGCGUGCAAAGUAAAGAUUUCGCUGGAGAUUUGGAGAAAGCGCCAAAACGGAAUAUCACGCAAGUAUGGAUGUCGAUGUCACAAGUUCCCAAAUUGAGCAACGAUCAGUUUGCCAAGUUUGCCGAUAAGCUAAUCAAAAUUGAGAUCUGGGGUAGUAAGCUCGCUGAAAUCGAAGACAAUGCUUUCAGAGGGCUGAAAGAAUUAAAGGGUCUGAUCCUUCCGCAAAACGAGCUUACUAGCAUCAAGUCGGUCUGGUUCAAAGAUAGCUCGAAGCUUUUGGAGCUCAACCUGGCAUUUAACCGUAUCCAAAGCGUCGAAAUCGCCUUCUUAAAACUAGUUCCAGCGCUGAUCAAUUUAGAUCUCCGCGGCAACGAGUUGGUCUCCGUGCCCGCUGACUUCGUCAAACAACUUCCCGCGUCGCUACGCCGCCUCAACCUGUACAACAAUCCCAUGAACUACAAGCAAACGAUGGAGGCUGUCGAGUGGAGCAAGAGUAAAGACGACAAAGCGAACGAGCCCAAGCUGCGCGAGCUGAAACACGUGUUCAAUGUGACAAGGGCUUGCAUCGACGACAAGGCCGUCGAGAAAACAAACGAAGCGGUCGACAAGUGCGUCGAGGACAGGCUGAACAAUGAAAUAUUAGCCGCCGCGGCUGGAAUCGCUACUGUUGGGAGUGUUGCCACGAGCGCUGCUACGACCGUUACUGCAGCUCCUUCCUCUACUGUUGUCGCUGCCACUUCUACCCUUCCGGCGGCCGCUUCCACGCCUGCAAGCGCUUGAACAUGCGAAGCAUUGUAGUUUGCUUUACGCAAUCAGAAGCGCAAGGAGACUCAAGAGCUUUCGUUCAUGUCGGGGCUUACGAAUUGUUGCCAAGAGGACACUGCAUUUCUCAUGUAAUUUUGUUGAAUAAAACAUGUUAUCGCAUCAGUUUCAAGUUA